AUGGAUAUCGACGACAUCCUCGCGUCCGUUGACCACGGCGUAGGCUCAAGCCUAGAGUCCGCUGCCCUAGACCACCAACUCUUAACAAGGUUUUGGGUCGCCGAGCGCGCGGUCUCAGAAGUCCUCCCAUGGCCCGCACCACUGAUGGAGCGAAUGAUGGACCGAGUAAGACUGCAAAUUGAAACUAUCGAAGACCUCGCCGCCUCCUCCGCAGACACAGACCUAUCAACAAACCACAACCAAAGCUACAACCCAAAUCUAAACCUCCGCCUCUCAAUCCUACAAACUGAUCUUGCCCGCACGCAAUAUAUCCUUCGCAGCCUCCUCCGCCAACGACUGGCAAAGCUCUCAAAACACAGCAUGCACUACCUAGGGCUCCUAGCCUCGCGCAAUAAAAACCCACUAACGCAAUCCCAAUCCCAAUCCCAAUCGCAGUCACAGACGCAGAAUCCAAAUGCCCAGCCCGAAGACUCGGUGCCGGACAUCUCGACUGUGACGGACUUCUCCCCGCUCUCGGAGCAGGAGUCGACCUUUGUGCAUGCGCAUCAGACGCUGUUAGCGGGUUACUACGGUGGUUCAUUUAUGGGCGCGUUCUCGCCGCAGUUGAGGCGACUGGAUGAUAAUGCUGGUGGGACUAGUAUGGUUCAGGGACCUGAGUCUAAAGAGGUCGUAUUUGUGCGCUGCCUCGGUGCUCAUGUUCCUGUCGUUUUUGUUGGGGAGGAGGGGGAGGAAGAUAUUGGGGUUACGAUGCGAAUGGGGGAUGUUUGGGUUACUAGGUGGGAGGGGGUUAAGGGUGCUUGGAUGAAGGGGGACGUGGAGUUGUUAUAG